AUGGCCCUCAGCACUUCCGCCAUUAAUGCCGUAUACUAUCCAUCGUGGGCGGUGUAUGCCAAUCGCCCGCCCUCCACGUUGCCGGUUGACUCCAUCACCCAUGUCUUCUACGCCUUUGCAAGACCCAACGAGAAUGGGACACUGGACUUUGCGGAUGCGUGGGCCGAUGACCAAAUGCUCGUCGACGGGGAAAGAGGCUCUCUGAGAGCCCUGGCCAAGCUUAAGGGGGAAUACAGCCACCUGACAACUGUCCUGUCGGUGGGCGGCGGUGGCGGCAGCAAGGACUUCCCGGCCGUCGCCGCGAGUGAUCAGACCCGACUUGCCUUUGCGACAGCAGUCCGGAAGUUUGUUGAUGAAUACUCACUGGACGGUGUGGAUAUCGAUUGGGAGCAUCCGUCGGACGCCUCGGAGGGGGCCAACUUCAUCCAGCUCCUGCAGAUACUCCGCGCCCACCUCCCGGAGCCACAAUACCUCCUCACCGCCGCCCUCCCGGUCGCGGUCGACUGCCUCAGCCACAUCAACCUAACGGCAGCCUCGCAGGUGCUCGACUACCUCAACCUGAUGGGCUACGACUUCGCGGGGCCCUGGUCCGCCCUCUCGGGCCACCAAGCCCGCCUCCUCCCUACUACCGGCGUCGCCGUGGACUCCUCCCAGCCGCGCAUGUCGUGCCACCUCGGCGUUGACUGCCUGGUCAGGAACGGCUUCUCGAGGCAGAAGAUCCUCCUCGGCGUCCCCGCGUAUGCGAGAUGCUUCGUUGGCGCGAGCGGCCCCGGCGAUGCGUUCGAGAAGGAGGGUUCCGAUCCGGUCAAGUACAGCGACCUGCCCGGGGCCUGGAUCACCAAUGCCACCGUCGACGACGAGUCGGGGGCGGCGUCGUUUGUGGACGACCAGGAGGGUGGGAAGGGGUUCGUCUCGUUUGAUGUGCCUGCUACGGUGCGUCAGAAGGCUGGCUACGUCAAGUCUAUGGGCCUGGCCGGUCUGUUCUACUGGAAUGCGGCCGGAGAUGUCAAUGGCUCCAACAGCCUUGUUGCUGCUGGUCGACAAGCGCUGGAUGUCCUGUAG